AUGUUGAGCAGUCGACCUUUUGCUUCUUCUGUCUUGGCGACGGCUCCGCGCCUGAUCAAGCCAACUUCUGCGACGAAGACCCGCUCAUUCGCAGCACUCGCCUUCCGCGGUGCCACCGCCACCCGCCUCACCGUUCAUGUGCGUCUCUUUGUCUAUGACAGACCACUGCCUUGUGGGAAUUGGGAAGUCCCUGCUCAUCUCAAGGCUGAUGAGCAGCAGCAGUCCCUUGCUUUGAAACACCCGCUGCUCGAAAAGCUGUUUCAGGUCAAGUGGAAGAUUCCCAGCCUUCGCAAGCAUCUCCUCAUGGCGCUGUCUACCAAUCCGCCCUCCACGCAGAAUGAAGUGGACGUCCUUGUCUGCGAAAUCCGCAAGUUCUCGUCCCAAUCAACUGCCGGGGAUGUGGCUAAAGCGCACGCUUCAAGCAUGGCGAACAAGGACGAAACGCACAUCGCCAAGAACGCUCGCCUGGCCGUGGAGAGACUUCUCGAGUCUAUUAAAGCCUGGCUGCAAAAGUUCGAAAUGCUGAAAACCACGCCAAGUAUGAUCCGAGAUUCUCUCGAUGGUUUGAUCAAAUUGAAACGGAUUGACCGAAAAACAGGCACCAACGACGACCCACUGGUAGACAUGCAACUGGCGACCUCCUCCCUCACGGCGAUGCUGGAGAAUCGCUUUGAUGUAAUGCUCGACAAGGACAGUGAUCGGCGUAAACUUCGGCCGUUUCUUGUUUCCACGCUCCCUGGUAGCGGGAAAACGCGACUUUGUACCGAGUUUGUGAAGCGAAUUGCCCCUGCUGUUUUCCGGAGGCGCGGCAUUGUUCCUCUUUGCUUGUACGUCUCUUUCAACGACUCCGAAUGGACCACCCCCAAGGCCAAUCCCGAGCAUGCUCUGUCGACUCGCCUGCUGACUGCCUACUUUAAAAUUCCCCCGAGGUUUUUUGAGGACAAGUUUGAACAAACUGGCAGCUUCCAAGUUGCUGCUACGCUCCAGUUCAUUCAGGAGUUUGAGUACUCGGUUCGUAACGGCGGGCGACAACCUACGAGUCAAGAUCAACUGCCGUGGCUCGCCAUCGCCGUUGACGAUAUCGACAUGUUGCCUAGGUUUUUGACCCGGUCCAAGCAGGAUACCGCCUGCAGUUAUGCUCAACGACAACAACAUCUGCUCAAAAGCACGUUCUCGUCACUCAAGGAUGCCGUUAUGCGCCCUGAGGCGCGGCUCUUUGUGCUUUACUCGGGAAGCUAUCUAUCGGCGGAGCAUCUCACUGCAGGCCUGGCUAAGCCGAGCGACUCUGGGACCAGCAACGUGGAUGUCGAUUCUGUUCCCAUGUAUCCGUUCCAUGGUGCACACAUCGCGCUGUUCGCCGACGUGGUACAAGAGUCUGGCAGUUGGCGCAACAGGGAUCGGAAGUAUGUGAGCCGACUUUACGAUUCCGGUGGUGUCCCAGGCCACAUUAAGGAUGCCUUUGGCUUGGAUCUACGCUGCGUACCACUCCGCCCAGACAUCCGCACGCUGAUCGAGCUCGUGCACUUCUGCUCGUUCGACGCGAGCUCGAUCAAUCUUUCGAGUCUGGCCUCCCGAUUUCUCGCUUGGAUUGGCACUGGAUGUGCUUUCGUCGCGUGCGACACUGCCAACAAGGGGUCGAUGCAGUUCAAUUUGCGAGGGGACUUGAAGCUUGAUCUGACUUCGGGUCGUGACGUCCCACCGAUUUGCCACCACCUCGCAGAAACUUUGGCCUGCUUCCUCAAAACCCUCAGUCGCGACUUACAAUUCCCGCCUCCUCGUUCUUCUGCGUGGGAGCUGCUUGUGGUCAACCUUUUCAACGUGCGAGUGACCGCCUUUCUCGCGAAAACAGUGCUGGAUCAGGGUGCCGCACCCCUUUACAUUGAUGUGCCGCUGAGUCAGGUGCUACCAGGUGUCACGUUUGGCUUGGGAUGUGACAAGGUCAAACUGCGAUUGUCACCACGAGACUGGAGCAGCAGGUCUGGCAUGAAACUGACUGAAUAUGGCGCCAACCAAGUACUUGACAGCUACAUGCAAACUCAGGUCGUUCAAACUUCUGUCAUAGGGAGUGAAAAAGUGGGUCCAGGAGUUAUCGGGCUGCAAUUGAAGCUUCAUUCGGCUCUCCAUCCCACCGAACAAGACAUGCUCAAGAGACUAGCAACCAAUGUCCGUGAUCGUCUCGCAGAUGACUCGGAGAAAGACACCGUAAAACUGGUCGGGAUCAUGUUGCCAUCUCGAGGGACAAACGCAAAGCCGCCACCGCUGUCGUGGGUGCUUCAGCGCGCUGACUUGGACCAGUUUGCUCAAGGCUUCCAAGUCGCUGUCAAGAGCACCUACUCGUUUGACCCGCACCACAGUCUUAUGGCGCACAUCGCGAGCAGCCUCUACUCGUUUGAGUCAGAAACGACCGGCUAUCGUCCAUCGCAGCUCGUCUGCAUGGCGUUGGCCCGCCUGCUCGUUCAGCAACGUAAAUGCGGUUCGGUGUUUCGAACCGCACAAGACUUGCGCAACUUCUUGCUUCAAAAAAUCGGCCAAUCCGUAAAAGUCUCUUGGACGGAGGGAAUGAUGCUGACAAAGUUCGCGCCAAAGUCUACCGGGCCAGCAGCUCAGCGAUUCAGCCAUGUCCUCUAUCCCGAGGAUGUCCCACCUCUAGAUGUUCUUCACUGGUACUUUGCCCUACCGGAUGAACAGGCAACGUCUUCUCCAAGGUCCACUGAGGAUGAUUGAAGGGCUUGUCUUGACUCGAAUCAUUCGUUUGCAACAAACUCUCGUGACUUGAUCACGCCAACUGCUCUCGGAGAUCACAAACUUUA